GUACACGUAUGAAAGCUCGUGGCUAUAGUAAAGUAAAAAGAGAAAUAAUGCCGCCGUCGUCCCAUACGAAUUGGACUAAACCCCUUCUGAAGAAUGGACAAACAAUGCAAAUGCAAGCGAAACGAACAACUUGCUCGACGCAAAAUCAGAAUUCAAAUGGUAAUACCACGGAGCACAGCGGUAUUCCACUUGAUAGAAGAAUCAAAGUUGUUCUAGUAGGUGAUGGUGCCGUUGGAAAAACCAGCCUAGUUGUUUCUUAUUCCACAAAUGGUUUCCCAGGAGAAUAUAUACCUACUGCUUUCGAUAAUUAUAAUGUGAUUGUUAAUGUUGAUGGUCAACCAGUAAAUGUUCAACUAUGUGAUACAGCAGGUCAAGAUGACUUUGAUCCUUUAAGGUCAUUGUGUUAUCCAGAAACAGAUGUGUUCCUAGUCUGCUUCAGUGUUGUAUGUCCUUCUUCUUAUCAUAGUGUAACUUCUCGAUGGAUAAAUGAAGUACGGAAAUAUUGUCCUAGUGCACCAAUUAUUUUGGUAGGAACAAAGAGUGACUUAAGAUCAGAUGUGCAUCUGAUGUUACAACUAGCAAGAUAUGGACAAACACCAAUUACAACUACUCAAGGUCAUCAAUUAGCCCAAAAAGUUGAAGCUGUAAGUUAUGUGGAAACAUCUGCAUUAACUCAGCAUGAUCUUAAAGAAGCAUUUGAUCAAGCAAUAGUUAGUGCACUUAAUACAAGAAGAGGUGGUGCCAGUUUAUUAUACAGACGAAGAAAACCUCUACCAUUAUGGCGCAGAUGGUUAUGUUGUUGCGAAAGACCUUCCAGUGGUGCAUAAAUAUUGAUUAAUUAGACUCUCUAGAGUAUUCUCUGUGAUCAA